UGUGUUGGUUAGCAAUAGACUUAGCAAUGGAGGAAGAGGAAAAAAUAGACAAGAAAAGAAAAAUCGAUAGUAGUGCGAAUGAUAGAUAUGAAUUAAAACAAAAGAAAUCUCGUGGUGAAUUAUCUAAUGAUAAAUUAUGUGAAGAAGAGUUGUUGGAGUCUCCUUGGAGUAAUUUACGGCUUGUUUUAUCUCUUCAGGAGGCAGAGAAGAAAAACAUUGAUGCUCAAAGGUCAAAUUUAACUUUCUAUGUGGUUGCUUGAUUGAUUAUAAAUUUUGAUUAUAAAGUUACUGAAAUUUUAAUUUCAACUAUAACCAAAAUUCGAAUGCAGGAAGAUCGAACUUGCAUAAAAUUAUGUCAAGUACAGAGUUAGUGAAUCCGAAAGUAACAAACAGAUUGUCGGGAUUUCACGGCUAGUAGUUUUCGUAAACAAUUGGAUUCAGUUGUUGUUGAUUUCCAAGGAGGGCUUGUGUUUGGAUCAUAGAUGCUGGGAAAUCUUGAGGUUUUGUUUGGACCAGUCUAUAAAGCAUAAGGUUUCCCUGAGCUUCAAAAAGGACUUAUUACAGGUUAUUUAGUGCAUUGUGAGUGAUGUAUCCUCCCGCCUCUCCGAAGCCUUUCAAAGCCAUGUAUUGGAUUUCUACAAUAUUGUACUUUAUUGAGUUUCUUGUAUUUUCGUGUCCCAUGGCGGGAUUGCAAAGAAAGAUAUGAAUUUAUGGGUUUCGACAGUUAAGUCGGUCCUCACUCUGAUUCGGGAAAUUCUACAAGACAAACGGGAGGAUUGUCAGAUUGGUGUUUUUGUCUUGCACUUCUCAUGCGUAGUGAUCGAGCCAUAUACCAAUUAUUUGAAGCUUCAUCCAACCGGAAAGGAGGGUUUUAACAAGAUCCUAGAGAAUCUUCUGGAGCUUUUAUUGUACAUUUUAGAUGUCUUGCAUCCACACUCAAGUGAUUGUGGAUGGAAAGGUAAUUUAUGGAAGUUAAUUAAACAAAUUUUGUCCCAAGGGUUGUUCCACCCUAUUCACAUUGAUGGAUUUAUGAGUUUACAAAGUCUGAACAAGUAUGUGAUGUCUUCUGAUUAUCAAAAGAUACGGAAUUCAAAGGUGGUUGUUAAAAGUUAUCACAGACACUUCUUUGAUAAAGUUUAUGAGAUUAUGAUUGGGACCAAUGCAUUGCCAUUAGGUAAUAAUAUCGGGGAGCUUUUCCGUUCGUAUGUUGACUGUAUAAAAAAGCAAAAGGAAUUAAUUGUAGUUGGAGUUAGAGGAUCUGGGCAGUUGCAAGAUGGAUCUAAUAUUGGUCAAAUUGCCACAGUUUCUUCUAAAAGGGGCAGCGCCGGUAUAGUGGGGAGUCAUACUGCAAGUGGUUUAAAUCCAGACACUAGGAAGUUGCUUUUCAAUUUCUUUAUACAGUUGAUGGAACCUCUUCUUGGAGAGAUUCGUACUAAACUUCAAGAUGAAUCGGAAGUUGGACCUUUUCUGUCAACUGCUCAUUGCACCAUUAAAUCAGUAAAUAAACUACUUGUUAGCUUUAUACAUGAAAAUGUGUAUGUACGCAUAGAGGAUACCUCUGACGGAGCCUUUCUUAAUUUCCUAAAAAUGGCUUAUGGCACUAUUCAGGCCUUGUCUGCCAGAAUUGAACACAUAUUUCCAUCAUUGAUCGAUUCAGAUGAGAGGAUACAUAAAGAGGUUAUAGUCCUAAUUGAUAAGGAUCUUAUUUCUACCUUUAAGUGCUUAUUAGAAAUUGAAUGGGAGGUUUUUGGAGAUGAAUUGGAAAGCUUGUGGCUUAUGAUGAUCUCACAUGGGGCCUCUGGUCACUUGGUAAUGGAUAAGUCAGAACAGUCCUUGUUAAUUCCAGGGAUAAUUCAACUUGGAGUCCAGGUUAUUAGCCUAUAUAGUGAACUUCGCCAGGUCAAUAUUGCAGUAUUUACACUGUGUAAAGCCGUCAGAGGAUUGUUAUCUGUUGGAGAUGGUCAGAUGUGCUAUUCAAAUGUGUGGAAACCAUCAGUAUAUUGUGAAGAACGUGCCAAAAUUUUGAGGAUAGUAUUAUGCUCUCAUGAGUUUAGACUUUCAAUUUAUAAUGCUAUUAAGUUCAUACCAGAAGGGCAAGUGAGUGGAUUUAUACAACUGCUUACAGCAGAUGUUUCUGAGUCUCUUGUUUGGAUGGAAGGUGAUUGUUCAACAAAUGCUAGAACUAAACCUGGUGAGCUAGGUUCAGAUAAUUGUAGUUUUCCGUGCUUUAAGCUAAAAGCAGAAGUUCUUGGAAGGAGUUUAUCUGAAUUGUAUUCGCUAAUUCUAGAUUCAGUUACUGCUACCACUGGCAAUAGUACACUAGUCGGAGUUACUGUAAAAGAUCUGAUUGGAGAAAUCCGCCCUAAUAUGCAGUGUCUGGUUGGGGUACAGUCAGACAGUGUUUAUUCCUUCAUGUCGACAUUGACAGGGAGAACUAUCACUAUGGAAGAUGAAUGCAAGCAUGUUUGUAUGUCCACCCUGGGUGGUUGUGUUCUUUCGUCUGUAUAUGUCUUCCAAAAGCUUAAAUCGGCAGGUACUGAGCCUUGUGCCCCCGGCUAUAUCAAGAAAUAUGUUAAGAAGUAUGGGUGACUCCUGGCUGGUGAGGACGAGUAAAAAAGAUAAAGGCUAUUUUUCUUGGAUUGUCCAGCCUGCGGCUUCUCUUCCUUACACAAUAAAAGAGGUUUUACGUAUUUGCAAUCGAAAUUCCUCUGCAGAUUACCCCUCCCUGAUUUAUGUAUUGAUUACCAUGACUUUCCAGAGGCUUGUUGAUUUGAACAGGCUGAUUAAAUCUAACAAAUAUUCACAGUACAAAAAAAUCAAAAAAACAGGAACAACAAGUUUCCGAUUUGAUAAUCAAUAACGAUGAAGAAGUUUCCAAUUUGAUGCAUGAAGCACAAGAGUUGACCAGUUUUCUGGUGGAAUACAUCCCAUUAGACAAAAAUCAGCUAAUAGCUAAUGAUGUCAAAGACACUGAAUUGUCUGUCCAAAGUUUACCUAAUAAUGAUGAAUGGGAUUUCAGUAUUAGUUCUAUGAAUAAAAAGUCAUUGCCUACGGCAAUCUGGUGGAUUGUUUGCCAGAAUAUUGAUGUUUGGUGUGCCUAUCCUGCUCAGGAUAAGCUGAAGGAUUUUCUUUCGCUCUUGAUUCAAAGUUCUCUUCCUAGUUCAAAGAACAAUUUUAGUGUCUCUGGAGAGCACGUUUUCGAUAAACAUGGACAUAUGAAGACGAUUAGGCCAAAUCAAAUUUCAGUUGAACUUUUCAGAAAUACUGCUCUAUAUGAACAAAGUUUUGUUUGCAGGCACAUGGCAUCAAGUUUAUUCAAAAUUUUGAAGAAUUCAGUAUCACCAAUAUUUAGGAUAGUGAAAUUUAUUUGAAUGCACUACCUGACUGGUUGGUCUUAUCAAAUUCUUCUGAAAGUUCAAAUGUUGCUUUAAGUAACAUUGAUGCCGUGCAAAACUAUUUAUUGGUGGCAGAGCCAUUUUCUUAUUCAUCUGAUAAGCUGCACCUAUUUAAAAUCAAGAUUGAAGAUUGCCAAAGUCUGCUGAAGCUUAUAUGUUGGAUGCCAAAAGGAUAUUUAAAGACGGAAUCUUUAUCAGAUUAUACAAAUUGUAUUAUCAAUCUUGAAAGGCUUCUACUCGGAAGUCUAAUAAAGUUUUCUAGUGCAUUACAACGCCAUGAAUCUCAUGAGCUCUUCAGAUUGUUUGUGUUAUGUCGGAAGGCCCUUAAUAAGCUAACAAUGGUAUAUGAAGAGAGGAUGAAACCUAUUCGUGAUAUUUCUACUUGCAUUCAUCAUGAGAAUUCAUUUCCAACUUCAUGGCUUUCAAUGUCACUAUCAGCAGUGGUUGAGCUUCAGCACAUGUUUCUGGAUGAUUGUGCUUCCCAAUCAAAAGCAUUGAUCUUAUCCUUGAUGGACCACACAUCAUACAUGUUUCUAAGAUUCAGCAGAGAUCAAUUUAAGCAUGUUAUUAGCACUCUAACGAACCUUGUGAAGAAAUACCUGAUUUAUGUCUUGACACUAUAGUCAGUAUCGCUGAAUCACUUGUGGAGCAGGCACGUAAGUCACUUAUUUCUCUAAAGGAAACCCUUUCUAGUAAAGACGUGAAAAGUUGUACAGUGCAAGAAAUGGAAAAAAUUUCUCCCACCAUUUCUUGCAUCCAGGGAUUUUUGUGGGGGCUAGCAUCUGCUUUAGAUGAAAUAGGUGGGGAAAGAUGUGAAUUCAAAUCGAAGUCAUUAAAAUUGAAAUGUGAUCCUUUCUUGAGAAUUCGUACUCACAUCGACGCAUAUGCUGAAUUUAUAAGUGACUUCAUAAACAUUAUGUUUCUUGAAAAGGAUCAUGAUGAUGUGUUGCUUCUGAAGGUGUCUUCUAGCAAAGGGUAUGGUAAUGAUCCUGACUAUAAUGUGAAGCAACAAAUUUCUCAAAAUGCAAAGGAUCAUUUAGCAUUCAAGAUGAAUGACAAGUCUAACAUAAGACAAAGUGUUCUACGGAAACAUGAUGACAGGGCUAGUUUUUUUACAAGGAUUAAGUUUCAGCAACAAUAUCUGAAGAAAUCUAUAUUAUUGAGGUUUUUAAGAGGUGAACAUCUUGAAGCAGCAUAUUUUCUCAGACAGCUAUUUAUUGCUUAUUCAGCAAUUUUAAGGAUUAAUCUACAUACUAUCAAGAGCGAGUUUCUUUCAGCAAGCUGGAAUCCGACUUUUGUUGGUAUGGCUGAGGUUUUGUUGCUGGAGUUUGCAGAUAUGGUUGAGUUGCCUCAUGAACUUUGUUUUGUUUGGCUGGAUGGUAUUGCCAAAUUUAUUGAAGAGUUAGGGAGGCAGUUGUACACAGCUGAAACCACCUUGACCAAAGAUGAAGCCACCUCGACCAAAGAUGAAGCCACCUCGACCUCCUCGACCACCUCGACCAGAGAUGAAGCCACCUUGACCAAAGAUGAAGCCACCUAGACCAAUGGUGAAGCCACCUUGACCAAAGAAAUAUAUAAUAUGCUCAAUAAUAUGCACCUGAGGGCCCUAGGAAAAUGCAUUGCCUUACAGGGAAAAGAAGCCACUUUAGCAUCUCAUGAGACCGAGUCAAGUAUCAAGACUGUGGAUGAGCAAACCAAAAUAAGUGAAUCCUCAUAUGGCCGACACUCCCUAAAUGAAUUGAAAGCAAAUUUAGGAAUGUCAUUCAGAGUUUUGGUUGAGAACACUCCUGUGCUACGUUUGAAAUAUACAAUCAAGGCAAUUGAGAGAGCUGUAAUUGGAUUACAUAAAGGGUCAGAGUCAAACUAUCAAAUAUGUGCUGGAAAUUUAGAGGGAGGCAAGAUUUCCUCAACUGUUGCAGCUGGUGUUAUUGCUUGGAUUUGGUUCUGGAACAUGUUAAAGGAAGAAAGUGUCUGCCCGUGGUAAAAAAACACAUUCGGAAUAUAGUUUCUUGUCUGUUCAACAUAAUCCUGCAUCUGCAAGGGCCGAGUUUGUUCUUUGCCAAUACUAUUCCUUAUAGUGCAGAUGCCACUCCUGAUUCAGGAUCUGUUGUGCUUAUGAUUAUUGAAGUACUGACCAGAGUUUUUGGAAAACAUACCCUGGCUGAAGUGGAUGGCUAUGUUUCACUGUCACUGCGCAUAUCUGGAGGACUUUUUCAAAAUAUACUUAAGCAUAAAGUUUCCAAAGCUAAUGCUUCAUCUACGCUAGUUCCAGAUUCAAUUGGCAGUGAGAUCUUAAAAAUCAGGGAUACUUGUGCCAUAGAUCGAAAAUUUAUGAUAGAACUUUAUGCUGCAUGUUGCCGAUUCCUUUGUACUGUUCUUAGGCAUCAGAAAAGGCAUGAUAUCUUUCUAAUUACUGGUCCAUGAUGAUUUUUCUCUAUCUUUAUUUUACAGCCAUUUAUCAAAACAAUUUGCUAAACAGAAAUCUGUAACCUACUAGCCUUUAAUUUAUGUCCUGUUACAUAAAAGUAAUAGUUUCCGAUUUAUCCCAAACAAAUAGUCACAUUAAUAGUUUUCCUGUGUUAAUUUCUCAUUGUACUGAGAGUCAGCAUUGCAGUGCUUUACUUGAAGGUGCUGUACACAUUUUACUUUGUUGCUUGGAAACGGUAGAUGUUGAUCCAGCUACUACAAAAGACUACUUUGCUUGGAAACUGGAAGGAGAAAUUAAGUGAGCUCAUUUCCUCAGAAGAAAUUACGAAGAGGUACGACAACAAAAGGAUGUUCUAGGUUCCUGUGUUCACUUAUUAUCCGGUUACAUAUUGAUUUAUUCAGGAGGUGGUCCCUGUAAAAUGGGCAUUAGAAGGGAUAUUGAUGAAGCCCUGAGACCAGGUAUCUACGCUUUAAUAGAUGCUUGCUCAGCAGAUGAUCUUCAGCGCAUGCAUACUGUAUUCGGAGAAGGUCCUUGUAGAAGCUCUCUGGCUACUUUGCAACAUGAUUACAAACUCAAUUUCCAGUAUGAAGGGAAACUUUGAUAACAGUGCAUUCAUAUUUCCAACAGGAGGGUACAACGAAGCCAGAUUUUUUUUAUUUUUUUAAUAUUAUAUUUGUCUAUUUCUGUUUUCUUAUGUCGUCAUGUUUAUUUGCUUGUUACGUUGCUUUUCGUUUACCGUCAUUUGGUCAGAGUAUAAUGAUAUAUAGUAAUUUCUCUUUUAAAUUUGCUGAUGUAUAAUAUCAAAUUAUGCCA